CAGUUUUCAUUGGCUGAGCCUAGCAAGCUCUGCUGGUGUGGACCAAUCAGAACUCAGUGGUGGGUGAUGCUGAGCACCCAGCCUGAGCUACACGAGUAUACAAGACGCAUCACCCGCUAUGUCACCUGAACAGUCUAGGAUUAUUUUCCACUUCGACCUCUUGUAAGAUUUCGAUUUUGGGGAGAAAGUAAACCUGGGAUGGCACCGGUGCUGCCAUGAACUAUAACAGUGCUGAAGGGACGGAGGGUGUGAGCCCUGGGGGCAGUGGGCGACCGCUGCCACACCUAAGAUGCCACUGCGGGAAGCAACUUGAGCGCCGCCGCCACCACCGCUACUGACUCUCCACACUGGUGUCUGGCGUCUGAAACACUCUCCCCUCCCCACACACACACACCGUGGACGCCACCUUCACAUCUUCUGAGGUACCUCACUUCACCGCUGGUGAGCCGCCAGCACAUCAGCGCCGGGCUCAUCCCUCUCCUAGUCCGGCUUGCUGAGGUCUUCCAGUCUGCAACCUUCCGCUCAUCAGGUGUGGUGCCAGGGCAGUGCCAGGUUUCCCCCACCUAGUCGUGCCUCCUGUGUUUGGAAUUGACCUGGUUUCCUCGACACCUGCACGGCCCGCUCACCAGUCCAACGCACCGUCUCAUACCUAUUAGUAAGGUCAUCUUGUGCACGUCUUAAGUUCGUCGUAGCGAGGAUAUGGUUCAGGAGGUGGCGACGAAAAAAGUUGGUUUUCAAGAACGAACCAAGUAAGUCUUUGAACGCGAGAGGUGGUGAGUUGAAUCAGGUCUUGCUCACCACAUUCAGGAGUACACAUACACUUCAAUGUUAAUUGUGUCGAACAUUGUCCACACAAGUAACAGGCGUUAUUAAGAGUCUGGUACUUAGCACCACGCGGUGGCUGCCUCGUGUCUAGUGUGUACAUACGUGCGUGCAUGUAUGUGCACGCAGAAUCCCGCAGUAGAGGAUCGAAGCCGGGUGGCCUAGAUAUCUUGGGUACGUUUGUAGCGGACUGUACACGCGCAGUGUCCUUUCUGAAGGGAAAGCUGUGAUAUCUGGGCUCCUCUGCAACGUUAACCUAAAGCCAGACUCUCUUCUAUUGACCAGUGCUGUAAACUCUUCUGCAUGCUCACAUCUUAAGAGAUGAGCAGCUGUUACUUCAUGUUUUAGAAAUAUUAGCUCAUGUUGUAAAUUAAAUGUAACUAAUAUAAAAAUUAACCAAAGGAACAUUGAAUGAAAAGCGGUUUCGUGUGACGUUAAAUUAUUCUCUAGUUCAAGAAUUAAGCAGUACAUAACACUGACUCCUCUCACGUGCAGAUUUGGCAGUGAAUAAUCAUGCGUUAUUGUGUGUGUAACUGCAGCAAGUUAACACUUGACACAACUUGACGCUAAGGAGGAUCGUAAAGUUUUCCUCUUGCCUCUCCAGGUAAUCAGUCUUCCCAGAUCACUGUAGUCCGUCCCAGUAGUGGUGACAGUGCCCACCCCUUUAUGUGUACCUGCUUCACUUCCAUAGUAUUUGUUACAUACGUGUGUGCAUGCAUAAACGUUAGGUUGUGCUCUAACACUACCUAUACAGUUGUUAACCUUAUCCAUAACUCCGUGAGUAGUCCUCACCUCUAUAAUUACGUCAUUAGCCCUAACGUCCGUCCCUCGCCACAUGGUUCCUAGAAACAGCAACAACUACAAGAGUUUUUGCAACAGUACGUGAGCAUUUGUCACUUGGGACAUCAUCGAACAUUUUAGGAAUAUCCUAUAUAAUAACAAUAAAUAUAAAGUUUGAUUAACUCUCAGUAGCCACAAAAUUCUCCCGUCAUCCUGACUGCACAUCUGAUCUGGUGUGAACUGUGUUUUUGAUAACUUUGGAUCUUGACGACGAUGGCAUCAGAGAAUGCCUUGGCAGUUUCCCAGCAGCGGCUACCGCAGGAGACGCUCAGGCCAGACGACAAGGUGGAUGUGGCCAGGCUGGAUAAUGAGUCAUGCAGACCAGCAGUCAAGGUGGAAGUGGCCAGGUUGGGUAAGGAGUCGUGCAGGCCAGUAGACAGAGUAGAGGUCUUGAGAAGAGAGGUGGCCAGGCUUUCCCAGGAAUCGUGUGGAUCAGCAGACAAGGAAGAAAUGCACAAGCUGCCCCAGGAGGUGAGCAGGUCAGCAGACAAGGAAGAGAUGCACAGGCUGGCUCAGGAGGUGUGCAGGUCAGCAGACAAGGUGCAGGUGCUGAAGACAGAAGUGGCGAGGCUGCAUUCCAGUCUCAAGAUGGAAGAUGUGGAGGUGCGCAUGGAGACCCUAGCAAUGAUGUGCUCCCCAGAGCAACAGAUCCUCCCUCACCUGGUGUGUGUCAUAGAGCAUUGUCAGGAUGCUUCUCUGAUGGGAGCUGUAUGUGCUUUACUACAUGAUGCUCUCUUGCCCAGCAAUAAAGGAGAGGUUCGCCAAAAAAUACUUCAGACAUGUCUGUCUCUAAAUACUUCUGAAGUAAUUCUACGCACGCUUAAGGUUCUGUCUGCCGAUGGUCUGGAUGCUAUUGAAUCUUGUACAAGCUCAGCAUUUCAGGUUCUAGCAAAGCUGGCAUCAAAAGACCCCAAGCUGGCAGUGAAAGCAAGACUUGUUGGGAGCGUAAAGUUGAUACACCAGUUACUUCAGGCCCAUAUGAAAAGUACUAUUCCACUCCUUCCUUUACUGAUGGUGACUAAACACUUGGCCAAAAAUU